AAUGUCAAAAAUCAAAAUAAAGUUCCCAAAAUGCCUGGUGCUGUUUGCGAAAUAAUCGACGAUAUUGAAGAUUUAAUAUCUUCACAGGAUAUUACACCCAAAGAGAGAUAUGCGAGCCGGAAAAAUGUUUCCGUACGAUCGAAAAAGAAGGAGAGCAAAGACUUAGAACCCGUGGAAAAAGUGAUUCUAGAGAGUGUCGUACCAGGCACUCAAACAAUCUAUGUGAAGACUUGGGGCUGCGCUCACAACAACUCAGACUCGGAGUACAUGGCAGGACUGCUUGCUGCUCACGGCUAUAAGCUAACGGAGGACAAGUGGCAGGCCCAGCUGUGGCUCCUCAACUCUUGCACCGUUAAAAGCCCUGCUGAGGAUCAUUUCAAAAACGAGAUAGAGCUGGGGCAGAGCCGCGGAAUUCACGUGGUGGUGGCAGGCUGCGUGCCACAGGGUGCUCCGCGCGCCACCUACCUGACAGGGCUCAGCGUGGUGGGGGUGCAGCAGAUUGACAGGAUCGUUGAGAUUGUAGAGGAGACUCUGAAAGGUCACACAGUCAGAUUGUUUGGUCAAAAAAAGACAGAUGGCGGUAAAAAGGCGGGCGGCGCCUCCCUCCUCCUGCCCAAAGUGCGCAAGAACCCGCUCAUAGAGAUCAUCCCCAUCAACACGGGGUGCUUGAACCAGUGCACGUACUGUAAGACCAAACACGCCAGGGGUGAGUUGGGGAGUUACCCUCCGGAGGAGAUUGUGGAGAGGGCGAGGCAGUCGUUCACAGAGGGUGUUUGCGAAAUAUGGCUGACUAGUGAAGACACUGGUACAUAUGGACGUGACAUAGGGACGAGCCUUCCCGAGUUACUGUGGAAACUCGUGGAGGUCAUACCCGAGGGCUGCCGGCUGCGACUGGGUAUGACGAACCCGCCCUACAUACUGGAACACCUCGCAGAAGUUGCCAAGAUCAUGCACCAUCCCAGAGUUUACAAAUUCCUCCACGUGCCGGUACAGUCGGGCAGCGACGCCGUGCUGUCGGACAUGAAGAGGGAGUACACGCGCGCCGACUUCGAGACCGUUGUCGACUUCCUCACUGACAAGGUCCCAGGAAUGACGAUAGCCACGGACAUAAUCUGCGGCUUCCCCACGGAGACGGAGCAGGACUUCCAGCACACCAUGGCGCUGUGCAAGAAGUACCGGUUCCCCUCGCUCUUCAUCAACCAGUUCUUCCCCCGCCCCGGCACGCCCGCCGCUAAGAUGCAGAGGGUACCAGGUCAAGAAGUCAAAAAGCGUACAAAGGAACUAUCAGAGUUCUUCCGCUCGUACGAACCCUACAGCCACCGGGUCGGAGAGACCCAGCAGGUGCUGGUGACAGAUGUGUCCCACGACAAGAACUACUAUGUUUCCCACAACGAGUUCUACGAACAAGUGUUAGUUCCCAAAGUGGAGGGUUAUAUGGGCAAGAUGCUGACUGUGAAAAUCACUAGUGCUACAAAGUUCUCUAUGAUGGGACAACCUAUAGACAAACCCAAGAUGCCAGGUCUGACGGAACCAUUAAAAAAGGGCGAGGUGUCAGGGUUGACGAAAGUGGAAUCGAAGAGAGUGUUGCCUGUACCGAUUUCCAUGUUACUAUUGGCUGUAUUAUUACGUUUGAUAUUUUGGUUGAUUUUAUAGUUGUAAAUAUAGUUUUAAAUAAAUAUUUUUGUAAGUGAA